AAAGCGGCAGACGCGCUCGCCGGGUAUGAUUGAGCUUGCAAGAGAGCAAGCGUGUGUGUAUGUGUGUGUGUUUCAGGUUUUGUGUGAGUUGCGUAAUGCUGGAGCAGGGUCAACAUUGGCAAAGGUCCCACUGAAUUGAGGACACUUUGGUGUUGUAUGUCAUGAAUUGGACAAUUUUUUUUUCCCUUACGUUUUUAUGAUCUUGACACACUAUCUUGACUUGAGCGUGUGUGUGUGCGUGGUGUGGGUUGAAAGGGUUGAGAGAAGCAGGUAGAGGUGUGGCUAGUAGCCACUUGACUUUGAUUUUGACAAGUGUGUCAGCUGAGUGAGCAGUUAAGACAAAGAAGACAUUCAGAAGCCAGCCUAAAUAGUUGCACAAAUUUUAAAACAUCGACUGAAGCAACGAGAGGAGCUCAGUGGUGUCAAAAUGGCUCGCAUCAGACGCUACUCGGAGUCCAUGACGCUGCCCGACUCUUUCAUCCAGCGCCAGCAGCUGGACGCCAGCAUGGCGGACACCUUCCUGGAGCAUCUGUGUCUUCUGGACAUUGACCAAGAGCCCAUCACGGCGCGCAACACCAGCAUCAUCUGCACUAUCGGCCCCGCCUCCAGAUCCAUUCCCAAACUGCAGGAGAUGGUGAAAGCUGGGAUGAACAUUGCACGUUUGAAUUUCUCUCAUGGUUCCCACGAGUACCACAGUGAAACCAUCAAGAACAUCCGCGAGGCGGUGGACACGAUCACGUCGGACCCCUUGUACUAUCGGCCCGUGGCCAUCGCCUUGGAUACCAAAGGACCAGAAAUACGUACUGGAUUGGUGAACGGGAAAGUGGAGGAGGAGGUGAAGCUGGAAAAGGGCAGCCAUGUCCAUGUGGUGACAGCACAGGCUGACAAAGACUCCACAGACGGCAAGACCAUCUGGGUGGACUAUCCCCGCCUACCGCAGGUCCUAAAGAGGGGCGGCAAGAUCUACAUCGAUGACGGCCUCAUUGGGCUGAAAGUUCUGGAAACGGGUCCGGACUGGGUAGACACGGUGGUUGAAGCCGACGGCGUGCUGGGCAGCCGCAAAGGCGUCAACCUGCCCGGCUGCGACCUGAUCGACAUGCCGGCGGUCAGCGAGCGAGACGAGGCCGACUUGAGGUUCGGCGUGGCGCAGGGUGUGGACAUGGUCUUCGCCAGUUUUAUCCGCUCGGCGCAGGACGUCCGCGACGUCAGGCGAGCCCUGGGCCCGCACGGCAGAGACAUCAAGGUGAUCAGCAAGGUGGAGAGUCGCCAAGGGGUCCAGAACAUCGAGGAGAUCUUAUCGGAAAGCGACGGCGUGAUGGUUGCCAGGGGCGACCUGGGCAUAGAGAUCCCCGCCGAGAAAGUCUUCAUCGCCCAGAAGAUGAUGAUCGGUCGCUGCAACUCAAAUGGCAAGCCUGUCAUCUGUGCCACGCAGAUGCUGGAGAGCAUGGUGGCCCACCCGCGGCCCACGCGAGCCGAGGGCAGUGAUGUGGCCAACGCUGUGCUGGAUGGAGCAGACUGUGUUAUGUUGUCCGGUGAGACUGCCAAGGGCCUGUUUCCCGUGGAGGCGGUCGCCAUGAUGCAUUCGAUCUGCAGGGAGGCAGAGGCGGCCAUUUUCCACCAACAGCUAUUUGAGGAGUUGCGCCGCCUGACUCCUCUGUCCUCGGACCCCACGGAGGUGACGGCUAUCGGGGCCGUUGAGUCAUCCUUUAAGUGUUGUGCUGGCGCCAUUAUUGUCCUCACCACCAGUGGCAGGUCGGCGCAGCUCCUCUCUAGGUAUCGGCCUCGAUGUCCAAUCAUUGCAGUCACCAGGAGCCCGCAGGUGGCGCGUCAGUCGCAGUUGCUCCGAGGUGUCUUCCCCGUCCUCUUUCACCCUCUGCCCGCGCCCGUCUGGGCUGACGAUGUCGACAACCGGGUCAACUUUGGAAUGGACAUAGGCAAGGCCAGAGGCUUCUUCAAAGAGGGCGACAUGGUGAUCAUUGUGACUGGCUGGAUCCCCGGGUCGGGUCACACCAACAUCAUGAGGGCCAUUAACGUGACAUAAGCGUCAGCCGGCGGUUCGCUAUGUCAAGCUCCCUAACUCCUUCCUUCUGUUUUCAAAGCAAUGACUCUCAAAUAAAACUAUAACCAA